CAUUCAUUGGCGCUGUGCCGGCCCGCCGGUCACAAGCGAACGGAACGGAGCGACACGCGCGCGUGUAACGAACUUUUUCGACAUUUAAAAAUAAACGAAUGUGACAGUUUGAAAAUUUGAAUUUAUAUUCCAUGUUUGUGGAUUGAUGAUUCGUGGUUUUGAAGUGUCAUUUGUGUUUUGGUGUAAAGAUGUUUAUUUUGAAUAUGUGCUGAGCUGAGAUGCUUCUUGGAGAACAGUCACCGGCACCGCGAGUGGUGGCCGGCCUGAGGAAGUUACGUCCGGAGCUUACUCCAGGACCUUUUCCUACACCUACGGACCCUAAUUUAAGGAUAUCAGGAGUCCUCCGCCAAUACUACAACGAUGACAUGGACUCGUACGCGUGGGUGCGCGCCGCCGUCCGCGGCGGCUGCCUGCUCGCCUGGCGCGACGGCACCCUCCCCCGCCGCCCUGCCGCCCGCCUGCCCCUCCGGCACCUGCACCUGCGCCCGGCGCAGACGCUGCCCAACGCCUUCCAGCUGUCCAGAUUGCGAGAUGACGCUGCCGUCGCUACAUUUCAGGCUUGCAACGCAACGGAGUACGCACGCUGGGUGCGCGCGUUGUGUGUCGAAAUCCUCGGCCAAACGCCGCUCCCACAAGUCCGAUUUUUGGAUGUGCUUUCCGCCGCGGACACCGCAAUCCGGGAGCCGAAGAAGCCCCCCCAGGAUACGCCUUCAUGCCCACCCAGACCCCCGCCGCGCGCCCGACGGAGGCUCAUAUCCUCGCCUGAGACACAGCUGCCCCAACGGGACCACUCCCCCGCUGCGACGGACGAGGGCAUCGUCGUCGAGGACGACGACUACGACUCAUCGUCCGACCGCAGCCUCGACCUCUCCCUCUCACUGUCCCUCGACGCCUUGAAGACCACGGACGUGGUCGAUGCGCCCGUAAGGAAAGCGGAGGUCGUCAAAUGUGACAAUUGCAGCAAAUUGAGCGCGCCGCAACAUCACACGCUGCCGCGCGCGGCGCGAUCCGGCGAAACGGAGCAAGGUCGCCACCGGUACCUAAAACGUUGGGAGGGGACGGCGGGCGGCGCAGAGCGGGGCCGUUACGCUUUGGAAGCGGCAAGGCGGAAAACUUCAUCACUAGAGCAGAGAGCGAGGUCCUGUUCGCCUAACGCACAUGAGGCUGUCGCUCAGUAUGUUCCAGUGAAAGAGCGUAAAGCGCUCUUCGAGUCUUUAUCCCAAAGUGGAAAUAGUUUAGCGAGGAGUACAGAACAGCUGACACGAUUAGUUGUGGUCCCGGAGACGACUCCUCGCCGGGCGGCGUCGCUGCACGACUUACAAGCGCCGCCGACUCGAUCCGUGAGCGAUCUCAGGCAAUUCUUCGAAGCGGUAGCUCGAGGGUCUGGCUCCACACCUUGCGCAUUCAUGCAAAGACACAGCGCACCGCCUAAUCCUGGACCAAGGGGCUUUACGUCACUUACAUGCGCCUGAGUUGACUUAGUACCUUUACCCGUGUAGUGUAACAGUGAAAGUCUUUUUCUGACAAAAGAACUGAAAAGAUAAGUUACAAGUGGUGGGCCCCUUAUCUCCUAUUGUACAUACUAUUGUAGAUAACUCACGGCGUUGACCGCCGGCUGUCGCACUAAGUCGUUCGUUUUAAGACUGUUAAAAGUAUUGUUAUAGAACUACCUAAUAUAAAUAAAUGAGAUGUAUCUAUCAA